AUGCCCCCGAACCCCAACGUCCACCCUCAGUCCCACGCACAGCCCCAGCACCGUUCUGGCCACACAACAAUCCACUCCUCCCCCAGCCCCCCAGGCCAGCCCACGACGAAAACCCUCCACAUCGACGCCUCCACGAAAUUAAUGGGGCACCUGAAUAACAUCACCCUCCCAUCCCCCUCCGCCCGCACCGAAGACAUCGAGAAAGUCCUCAAAGCCGUCGAACCGAUCUACGGUCCUGUCGCCGACCAGACUCCCGGUGGUGACGCGGCCAACCCAAGCGCUACGAACGCAGGGGAUAGUAGUCAGAGUGGGACGGGAGCAGGCGCAGGCAAGGGCAAAGCGGGUGCGAAUAAGCAACCGAAUCUCAACCUCAGCAUCAACGCCGGCAUCUCCAUCGCCGGGUCCCGAAACACGAUCGCGUUCAGCAACCGAAGAUUCCCCUCGCCAACAAGCGGACCAUCCGAGGCAGAGAAACCCGAGCAACUGCAUCAACACCAACAUUCUCCAGCACAUGCAAGUAGUGAAGAGAAGGGGGAGCAAAAAGAGGGUUGGUCCACCCCCUCCCACUCCCCCUUCCCCAACCCUGCGCCUUUCUUGAACACCGGCGCUACAGUCGGUCCCAGCGACAAUGGCGCAGGCGAAGCUUACGCGAUCUUGAAGAAAAUAUCCACCCUGCCCUCCACCACUCCCUCCCCAAGUCAGAACCCGACGAAUCCGAACACAAGUCUUCGUGACGAUCUCAACCGCGCGUUCGAGGAGGCGGUGUGGAGAGCUGCCAUGGUGAUUUUUGAGCGGAAGCGGAAGUCUGAUGGUCUUUCAGAUCGGGAGGGGGAGGGGGAGAAAGGAAGGAAAUUGCCGAAACGCGAACGCCAGUCUAAUGAGAAGGGAGAGGAGGAGGAGGAGGAGGAGGAGGAGGAGGAGGAGGAGAGAAGAGGGUGA